GCAAUGCCUCCUCGCAAGGUCGCCGGUUCGAAACCCCUAUGAGAGUCUAAAACUUUUUAAAACUUUUUAACGAUAAACAUAAAAGAUAAGUACGCUCAUAGCUCAUGCCUCAUAUGCUCUUGAAUUACACCCAGUCAGGUAAAUGGCCGACUUUUCUUAUCAAAGUGCCCGUUGUUGUAAUAUAUAUCUGUGGAUGAUACAACGAUGUUAUCAAUUAUUAUUAUUAUCACGUGGCGUAGAUUCAAUUUCUUUGAUAUUAACCAUAAUGCAGAUUCUAAGCGGAUAUCUCAAGCAAUUAGUAACUCUAAAAUAGUGGCUACAAGUAGUGGACAUGGCCAUUUAGUGAUUUGUGAUGUGGAUGGACUUGUGUAUUUGGUUACUCGAACAUUUAUUGUAACUGCAUUUCGAGCUUAUCAAUCAACUGUACUUCUUUCUACACAACUUCAGUAUAGCAAUUUGUUAGUUACAAUAGGUGAGGAUGAAUCGAAUACAAAUGCUAUACUUAAAGUAUGGGACUUGGAAAGGCGCGAUCGCCAAACUAAUCCAACAUGCGUGCGCACUACAAAAUUACCAAAAACUGAAAAACCUACUACAUUAUGUGUGACUGACAAUCGUUUGUUGAUGGCUGUGGGGUUUUUGGACGGGUCUAUAGCAUUAUAUAGAGGAGAUUUAUCUAGAGACCGAAGUUCGAAACCAAAGAUGUUAAAAGAAUUAGGUCAAGAAAUAACAGGAAUGGCUUUUAAAUGUGUAUCUAAAGAUCAAUGGUUUCUCUUUGUUUCUACUGCCACAUCUGUGCAGCAAUUCAAUGUUACUUCCAAAGAUUUUCACCCUAUGACAGUUUUAGAUGCGGUUGGUUGUGAUCAUAAAUGCUCAGUACUAGUGAAUGGCCCUGAUAGUCAUUUUAUGAUUGCUAAAGAGGAUGCAAUAUAUUGUUAUACCGUUGACAGCCGUGGUCCAUGCUAUGUUGUAGGCGGCCAAAAAAUCAUUAUUCAAUGGUUUCGUGGUUACCUAAUUAUAGUUUCUAAGGAGAAAGGAAAAUCUCUUAACACAAUUACAGUGUCUACUACUACAAGGCAUUUGGAUGCAGUUGAGUUGGUGUCUAUCACUGUAUUAGAUAUUCAAAACAAAUUCAUCGUAUUUAAUACAACUUUGCGUGAAAUAGUAUCAGUUCUGCCCGAGUGGGGAUCAUUGUAUAUUUUAACAGCUGAAGGAAGCCUUUCUCAAUUGGUUGAAAAAGAUUUACAAUCAAAAUUGUCUGUACUAUUCAAAAAAAAUCUGUAUGACGUAGCUGUGCGUAUGGCAAAAAGUCAGCAAUAUGACUCUCAGGCAUUAAUUGAUAUAUUUCGUCAGUAUGGUGAUCAUUUGUAUGCUAAAGGCGACCAUAGUGGUGCUGUAGAACAGUAUGUUAAAACAAUUGGAAAACUUGAACCAUCUUAUGUUAUAAAAAAGUUUUUAGAUUCUCAAUACAUUGAUAGUUUAACUACCUAUUUGCAUGCUUUACAUAAAUCUGGAAAUGCUACCAAAGACCAUACUACACUAUUGUUUAAUUGUUACUCAAAACUGAAUAAUCUUGACAAACUACAAGAAUUCAUAUUGACAAAAAACGAUAAUAUUGAUUUUGAUGUAGAUGUAGCUAUAAAAGUUUGUAGGCAAUCUUCUCCAGAAAAUGCACUUGCAUUAGCUGAAAAGCAUGGUAGACAUUCACUGUAUAUAAAAAUACUUUUAGAUGAUCGCCAUGAAUAUGCUGCAGCUUUGGAAUAUGUUGAAAAACUCACUAUUCAAGAAUCCAUUCAAGUUAUUAAACAUUAUAGUAAUGUAUUUAUGCAAAAUGUUCCUAUGGACACAGUCAACUUCUUGAAAAAACUGUGUUCCGCUUGUUAUUCCAACAUAAAUGCAGGUAAUUCAGAGAACUCAGCUCAUCCUGAAGAUUUCAUUUAUUUAUUAUUGGACGAUUCUCUAUGUUUAGUUGAAUUUUUAGACCAUUUUUUAAAUUUUUUAAGUAAAUGGUCUUCUUCAUUACUGAACACUUACAUUGAACACAGUUUAGUUGUAUGGAAAAAUGAGAAAAACUCUGAUAAACGUAAUGAAAUUGAAAAGAAAAUUAUAAAUACUCUAGAAUCUGCUGAUGUUAUGAAGUGCGAUGAUUAUUAUCAAAUGUUAAUUUUAGUAUUGUCAUUCGAGUUUAAACCAGCUGUAGUAUAUAUUUAUGAACAUAAUAAACAGUAUUCAAAAUUAGUUCGCUAUUAUUUAUCUUUGAAUGAUUACAAUGGUGCAAUAGCAUGUUGUAGAAAAUAUGGACAUAUUGAACCAAAACUAUGGAUAAUAGCAUUCACUACAGCCACAGAAGAUGACAAUUUUCCACCUUCUAUGUUAGAAGAAUUAUUAAAAGAAAUUGAAACUAAGUCUCUCCUAUCGGCACAUUUUAUUCUAUCGUCUUUAGCUAAGUCUAAAAAUAUUAAAAUUGGUAAUGUUCGAGCUUAUCUUACUAGUUUAUUUGGGGCAGAAAAAAAAACAUUAGAAAAAGAUAAAGAAAUGGUAAAUAAAUAUCAACAAGAUACUGAAGUUAUCAAAAAUACAAUAGAAAAAUUAAAAAAUAGCGCUGUAGUUUUUCAAGGUUUGCGCUGCAGUGCCUGCAAUAAUCAACUUGAACUUCCUAGUGUACAUUUUAUGUGCCAACAUUCUUACCACCAACAUUGCUUCCAAGCAUUUUCAGAAAAUGAUGACGAAUGCCCAGCUUGCACUACUAACAAUAAACAAAUUAUGGAUAUAAUACGAACACAGAGUAUGAUCAAAGAUCACAAUGAGACAUUUCAUAGUCAGUUGGAAAGAGCUAAUGAUAGUUUUUCUCUCAUAUCAGAGUAUUUUGCACGGUGUCUAUUUGAUGAGCCUUUUGCUGUCGAAAAUCAACUAAUAAAAUCAAAUGAAUCAAGUAGAUCAAUUUUUGUACCCGAAAAAUUAAAUCCUAAAUUAGUUAAUACAAUAACGGAAGCAACUUCAAGAUCGAGUCCGAUUCUAGUUUCUUCAAAUACAAUAUUAGAACCAAAAAAUCCAUUUGAUGAGGAUGACGAUAAUAUUGAAUAUGAUGAUGAGAAAAAUCCAUUUAGUGAUGAUUAUGUAUUAGAUAAUAAAAAUCCUUUUGCAAAUGAUGUUUAGAUAGUGGUUAUAAUAUUCAACAUGAAAUAAAUAAAUAUUUUAUUAAUGUAUAGUAAAUUUAUAUAAAUGCAGUACUAUUAUUAUUA